AUGCGACAUGCUUUGCAAACAACCGACGAGACGAAUCAAAAUUUAUAUAAUAUGUUAGAAGUCCCUAGUAUGGAAAGAAGUUUUAUGUCUGCUUCAUCAACAGAUGAUUCUCAUUUACAAACACUGGAAUUAGGUCUUGAAGAAGCAUCUCAGCCCGGAGAAAGACAAAGCCAUUUAUACGAUGAAUUAAUGACAAUAAAUAUAACACGAAGCUCAAGUGAAGAAUCGCAAAAUUUAUCAAAUUCCUCUGGCA